AUGUUCCGAUCAGCCCUGUUUCUUCUCCUCGCUCCCUUGGCGCUCAGCCACACAACCUUCACCACCCUGUACGUGGACGAAGUUAACCAAGGCGAUGGCACCUGUGUCCGCAUGAACCGCGAUGCCAACACCGUCACAUACCCCAUCGAGCCCUUGUCCAGCAAGGAUAUUGCCUGCGGCAAGGAUGGUGAAAAAGCCGUCUCCCGGGUGUGCCCCGCGAAAGCCAACUCCCUCCUGACCUUCGAAUUCCGCGCAUGGGCCGACGGCGCCCAGCCGGGUUCCAUCGACGUCAGCCACAAGGGUCCCUGCGCCGUGUACAUGAAGAAGGUCGACGAUGCGACAGCCGAUAACAACGCUGCCGGCGAUGGAUGGUUCAAGAUCUGGCACACGGGCUACGAUGAGAGCACCGAGAAGUGGUGCACGGAGAAGCUGAUCGACAAUAACGGACUCCUGUCUGUGCGGGUCCCCUCGGAUAUCGAACAAGGAUAUUACUUGGUGAGAACGGAGUUGUUGGCGCUGCAUGCUGCCUCGGAUGCCCCGCCCGAUCCCCAGUUCUAUGUCAACUGUGCCCAGAUCUUUGUGCAGGGUGGGGGGAGUGCGAAGCCCGAGACGGUUAGCAUUGGCGAGGGGUAUUACUCGUUGGAUAGCCCUGGCGUGAAGUACAAUAUCUAUGAGAAGCCCCUGCAGCUGCCGUAUCCGAUCCCGGGGCCGGUUGUCUAUGAGAGCAAAGGUGUUGAGGAGCGGUCGGUGUGUCCGGCCCAGAAGAGGGCGGCGGCUGCUCAGAACAAGGGUCUCAAGCCGGCCGGUUGUAUCCUGCAGCGUGAUAACUGGUGUGGGUUUGAGGUUCCUGACUAUAGUGAUGAGAACGGUUGCUGGGCUUCAUCCAAGAAGUGCUGGGAUCAAAGUGACGUCUGCUACAAGACCGCUCUUCCCACGGGUAUCUCUGCUUGCGACAUCUGGAUGACCAAGUGCAAUGGUAUCGACGAGGCCUGCAACAGCGGCGAUUUCAACGGACCCCCGAACAAGGGCAAGGUGCUUACACCGGAACCGAAGAAGCUUGCGGGAUCGACCCAGGUCUUCAAGAGGGAUGAGAGGAAGUACAAGAAGUGGACCGCAUGA